UCCCAGAUUCGGAUUCUGAAAGCGAAGUGGUCAGUUAAAAAUCGGGUCGGGUUCGAACCGAUCCCACUGUUACUCUCGUAAACCUUCUCUUCCUCACUACCUCGAUUACUCGGUCACAGACCUUUCCAGUUCUUUUAUAUCACAUAUGCUAGGGUUCUGUUUGGUUGCCGAGAAAAAAAAGAAAAACAGAAAAGUAAUUGGGGUUUAAAAUUUUUAAACAAAAAUAGUAGGAAAAGUUGCCAUUUAAAAAAUUUUUUUUUGGGGGUUUAGAAAUCAAUUUUAGUAAAUAAGUAAUUGGUAAUUUGGUUGGCUCAAUUCAUAGAAGAUAAUGAGCAUUGUGCCAAAAGAGAAUAUUGAAGUAAUUGCACAAAGCAUUGGGAUAAACAAUUUGUCUUCGGAUGUAGCCCUAGCUCUUGCCCCCGAUGUGGAAUAUCGCUUGCGUGAGAUCAUGCAGGAGGCUAUUAAAUGCAUGCAUCAUUCAAGGAGAACUAGAUUGACAGCUGACGAUGUUGAUUGUGCUCUGAGCUUGAGAAAUGUUGAGGUAAGUCUGCCAUUAUAUGGACUUACCUCUGGGGGUCCUUUGCGGUUCAAACGAGCAGUUGGACAUAGGGAUCUAUUUUACAUUGAUGACAAGGAUGUAGAUUUUAAAGAUGUGAUUGAAGCUCCUUUACCAAAAGCGCCACUUGAUACUGCAGUUGUUUGCCACUGGCUAGCUAUCGAAGGUGUACAACCUGCAAUUCCAGAAAAUGCACCUGUAGAAGUAAUUGCCGCUCCUUCUGAUGGGAAAAAGUAUGAAUCCAAGGAUGAUGAACUUCCUGUAGAUAUUAAAUUACCAGUUAAACAUGUGUUGUCUAGGGAGCUUCAGCUCUAUUUUGAAAAGAUCACUGAGCUUGCCAUGAGUAAAUCUGAUUCAGUUCUUUUCAAGGAAGCAUUAGUGAGCUUGGCUACGGAUUCAGGACUUCAUCCAUUAGUUCCUUAUUUCACAUGCUUUAUAGCUGACGAGGUUACACGUAAAUUGAAUGAUUAUUCACUUCUGUUUGCUUUAAUGCGAGUUGUUUGGAGUCUUCUGCGGAAUCCUCAUAUACGCAUAGAGCCCUAUCUUCACCAAUUGAUGCCAUCUGUUGUUACUUGCCUCGUGGCUAAAAGCUUAGGGAACAGAUUUACAGACAACCACUGGGAACUUAGGGACUUCACAGCCAACCUUGUUGCUUCAAUAUGCAAAAGAUUUGGUCAUGUUUACAGCACUCUUCAGACACGUCUUACAAGAACAUUGGUUAAUGCAUUUUUGGACCCAAAGCGAGCAAUCACUCAACACUAUGGUGCAAUUCAAGGGUUAACUGCCCUGGGUCCCAAUGUGGUACGACUUCUUAUUUUGCCAAAUCUAGAGCCAUAUCUGCGACUUCUUGAACCAGAGAUGCUUGUGGAGAAGCAAAAGAAUGAGAUGAAGAGAUAUGAAGCUUGGCGCGUUUAUGGAGCCUUGCUGCGUGCAGCAGGUCGAUCCAUAUAUGAUAGGCUCAACAUGUUCCCUCCUUUACAAUCUCCAGCUGCACAUUCAUACUGGAAAGCCAAUGCAAGAGUUGCUACGAUUUCACCAAAUAAACGAAAGAGAAAUGCAGAGGAAACAGAACAGCAGCCACCAUUAAAGAAAAUAGCAACUGAUGGCCCAAUGCAAGCUGAUUCCUCCCCGUUUCAAUCGCAAGGAGAACCUACUGCCAUUGGUCAUUCAAGCGAUACCAAUGCAGAGCCAUCAUCAUCUUCCGGGCAGAUGCCUAAUGAGAACACUCUGUAUAGCAGGGGUAGAAGAGACGAAGGUGCUGGUCAAUCACUAAGGACAUCGGCAAUCCUUUCUCAGGUCUGGAAGGAUGAUUUGAAAUCCGGGCAACUUCUGGUAACGUUGUUUGAGCUUUUUGGGGAAGACAUUCUUUCCUUCAUCCCAGCUCCUGAGAUGUCUUUGUUUCUUUAAGUUUUGGUACAGACUAACUGUAAAUAGAAAGUUGUACAUUUUUCAAUCAAUCUUAUUAGAAUUUCAUGAAAUUGUCGACUA